AUGGAAGCCCAAGAAGAUAUCUGUAUCGUGAAAGGUUGUAUUUUCAGACCCAUUUGUUGUUGGAAUGAAGAGGAUGAGCAAGAGAGGUUUUGUAUUUGGCAUUGGAAUUGGAGAAUUAAGAAAUUUAUGAGCUUUUAUAGAGAUAAGGAUUUAGUAGGUUUAUAUGAGAUAACGAAGAAGGAUAUGAGAUUUUUAGAAGAGGCAAGUAAAGUGUUUGGGCGAGUGUUUGAUCGGAAAGAAAAAAGUGAAAAGGAUCAGUUUAGUCUGAGGAUUUAUAGUUUAAUAAACAAGUAUCUUAAGAAAAGCUUUGAAUCAUUACGGAAGAAAUUUAAAGACUGCAAGAGAUAUUUAGAGAAAUGAAAUCAUGAAAGGAAAAAAUCUUGAGAGGAGAUUUGAGAUAUUUCCAACGGAGGUCUUAAAAAGAGAUUGAUGAAAGAAAGAUUCUUAAAGGCAAAAGAUAUCUAUUUUAAUUCAAAUCUUUUAUCCAGAUAUUUAGAUCCAGAAACGUUAUUUGAACUUCUAUCAGUUUCAAAUGAUAAUAUUGGACAGCUUUCUUUAUGAAAUUAUUCGAUGUCAGCAGAAGAGACAAAAGAAGACACAUGUUUUUCAUUUUGAGAGGAGAUUAGAUCUUGAAUUUUGAGAGCUAUUAUUUAAUUGAGUGAGUUUACAAUAAGAAGGA